AUGGCGCAGGGGGGGAAGUCCGGGCGGCUGCUGGCCGGCCGGAUCAAGAAGAUCAUGCAGCAGGACGAGGAGGUCGGGAAGGUCGCCGCGACCACCCCUGUCCUCAUGGGUGCUCUGGUCGAGAAGCUCGUCGAGGGGCUCGUCACGGGCGCGGCGGCCCUCGCGAAGGACCGCGGCGUGGCCACGGUCGGCGCGGCCCACCUCAAGGCACACGUGCUCUCGCAGCCGCACCUCGACUUCCUCAAAGACCACGUCGAGGGCCUCCCCGAACUCACAGAUAAGAAGGAGAAGAAGCCGCGCAAGCGGAAGGCUGCGGACGCAGACGGCGGCGAGGGGACUGACGCGGCGGGGAGUGCGAAAGUGCAGCGGGGGGACGACGGCGGGGGUGCCGCGCCCGCAGACGCGCCCGAGGACAAGCCCGACGCCGGGCCCGGCACGGACGCGGAGGCCCCGGCCGCUGCGCCCGCGGACGGCGAGGGGGGGGGUGCGGACGGUGCGCCCGCGCAGGGCGGUGCGGAGGAGGGGGGCGUGGGGCCCGCGGACGACCUGCCGGCCGCGGCAGCAGCGCCGGCGAACAUCCCAGGGGCGGAGUUCGCCGAGGACGACGACUACGACGACUGA